AUGUAUUGUUUAGAGUUGCUUUCCGUUGUUCGUUUUUCAGUAUUGAAAGAUUCUCUACUAUUGCAUAGUGCUACUAAGCUCUUCCAGGUCUACGACAUCAAUACGGUAACGAUUUUGGGCACUGCAUAUAAUAGUUCAAAGGAUCACUCUAAAUGGGGAGUUUCUUUGAAUAAAAAGGUGCCCACCGUUUGUAUUGGCGAUGUGAACAGACAGGUUUCACAGUUUAAACGUGGCGGUGGAGCUGUUUGUAUCGAAGACAGCAAGCUAUGGAAAAUCUUCCACGGCUCUAUUGGUGCAUAUGAUAACUGCAGAGGCGUAUCCACUCAAUGUGAGUAA